UCCAUGGGGACCCCCGCCGCACCCCGCCCGCCGCCCGAGGAAGCCUGGCCCGUCUCCUCCUCUCGGCGGCCCCGCAGGCUGGGAAAGGCUUAGCCCGUUCGGGUGACGCAGGUCGGAGGCACCUGCAGGACAGCCCUCUGGUGCCAGCAUGGAGGGCGGUGUGGAUGGCCCCAUUGGGAUCCCCUUUCCCGACCACAGCAGUGACAUCUUGAGUAGCUUAAACGAGCAGAGAAACAACGGGCUGCUCUGCGACGUGGUGAUCCUGGUGGACGGGCAGGAGUUCCCGACCCAUCGCUCCGUCUUGGCGGCCUGCAGCCAGUACUUCAAGAAGCUGUUCACCUCAGGGCUGGUGGUGGACCAGCAGAACGUGUACGAGAUAGACUUUGUGAGUGCAGACGCCCUCUCAGCGCUGCUGGAAUUCGCCUAUACCGCCACUCUAACCGUCAGCACUUCGAACGUCGGCGAGAUUCUCAAUGCUGCCAAGCUGCUAGAGAUCCAGGCGGUGAGGGACGUUUGCACGGAUCUCCUGGACAGGAAGAUUCUGGCCAAAACUGACCAGAUGGAUACAGUAGAUCAAAUUGAUCAAAGGAACCAUCUCCGAGCAAAAGAAUACCUGGAGUUUUUCCAGAGUAAUCCCAUCAAUGGCCAACCGGGCACCUUUCCAUGGACCAACCAAGACUUGAGAGACCUUCAGAGGCUCAACUUCCGUGGCCGAGAGGAGGAGGAAGAGCCGGACUGCAACGGCAUGGACUUCUACUCGCAGGCCGCCCUCAGUGACAGACCAAAGGCAAAUGACUGUGAUCCUGAUGCCAAGCACGCCAUGUGGGAGGAGGAUGAGGUGACGGCCCAGGGACCCUUGUUCCCGCCCUCUCAAAAUGGACAGUUUGGUGGGCGUAGCCUGCCGGUGGCCAUGGGAGAGGAUGACGCACCAGCGGCAGUUCAGUUGGACCAGCAGGAAGUGGGAGAUUCUCCGGCUUUUGCUUCCAGGAGACCGGAGAGCGAGGAAGUAGAUGCCCGGGAAGUGGAUGGCUUGGCCGCCAGCGCGCUCCUGCAACAAAUGAUCAAUUCGGUGGGACGGCAGCAGCUGGCUGACGAGGACCGCAAGGAUGACGAUGGAGUCAUGGAUUAUUACUUGAAUUAUUUUAGCACUUCCCAAGAGGGCAGCGAGUAUCCAUCCUGGUCUCAGAAGGUGGAGAAGAAGAUCCGAGCGAAAGCAUUCCAGAAGUGCCCGAUCUGUGAGAAGGUGAUCCAAGGAGCUGGCAAGCUCCCACGCCAUAUUCGAACCCACACUGGCGAGAAGCCGUACGAGUGUAACAUUUGCAAAGUUCGGUUUACAAGGCAAGACAAGCUGAAGGUCCACAUGAGGAAACAUACUGGUGAGAAGCCCUACCUGUGCCAGCAGUGUGGGGCAGCUUUUGCCCACAACUACGACCUGAAGAACCACAUGCGUGUCCACACGGGCCUCCGCCCCUACCAGUGCGAGAGCUGUUUCAAGACUUUUGUCCGAUCCGACCACUUGCACCGGCACCUUAAAAAAGAUGGCUGCAACGGAAUCCCUUCCCGAAGGGGACGCAAACCCCGGGUGAGAGAAGUGGCGGUCGCCCCCGUCCCGGCCACGAAUCCCGACGACAGCAGCCUCGCGGGGGGCGAGGAGGCCGAAGAGACGCAGGGGCCCGUCGUGCCCAAGGACGAGUUAGAACAGCACUUUGAAGAUAGUUCGAACGCCGAGGCGGCGUCAGGAAGUUUGAAUGUAGCGGGGGGGAUCGUCUGAGGGUAAAACACAAGAACUCUCCUAAACCAAAAAAAAAAGAAAAGUGUCACAAAAUCUAGUUAUAACUUUCCUCCAGUUCCUCUUGGAAAAUAUGGUUUCCUCACCCUUUUUUUGGACGAAAAAAGAAAAAAAGAAUAGCCUUAUAGGUGUAUAAUGUAUCUCUGUCUGUGAUCUUCCCAGUAAUAACCAGUUCAUUAUAAACUCUUGUAGCCAUGGAUUAAUUUUAAAUCUGCUCCCUGCCUUGAAAGAAGGUGACCAAGCCAGCAAGGUUCGGGCCGGGGUAGGGGCGGAAAGAAGAGGUCUGUAAAACGUGAAACGAAGCUUCCAGAAUUUUAGUUUUAUCUUUUAAAACUAUAUAUAUAUAUACAUACAUACAUAUUAUAUUGGCCUUUUUUAGGUAUUUUAGAAGUCGCUGUUCCAAAGGGACACAAUGAGGGAGGUCAGUGAGUUGGCUGACUUUAAAAAAAAACCAUGAGGAAGCUUUAGAAAAAAAAAUCUCCGUCCCCCCCUCCCCCCCAGUCAAAAGUGCUCAUUUUUUCUACAAGGCUCCUUGCGGAGUUUUCAUUUUAAGUCAAAUAUUGUUCUUAAGGGCUGUUGGCAGAGAAUUUCAGGCCUGUUUUUAAAUGUUUGGUGAAUGGCACCAGGGGACUGAAUUCCAAGGCUCUUUACAGCCUUUCUGGUCAUCCUGCGUGUCACAGAAAAAGGGGUACAGUGUCUCUUGGGCACUAUUAUCAAAUUUUAGGUCUGGAACAGGAUGUUUGCCUGUCAGUCAGGGAAAACCUAUCUCAGUGUACUUAGUUUCUUCAAAACCGGGGUCCCACGUGGUGCUAUGUGGGCAAAAGGACUGAAUGUAGUCUUGUGGAUUAUUCGUGGUCAAAGAAACCUCGUUGCCCUUAAGAAUUCUAACAAUCCACAAUUUCCAAAACUCAUUGAAAGCUGGCUGAUGCCAAGAGUGUUGUAUGCAAGCGAGGGAACCUCUUGGCUGACAAAUUUCAAAUAGUUGAUCUAGUUCUGGUUCUGAAAUGGUUUUCAUCAGUUUCAGUACGAACCUCUCCCUGCCACCAAAAAACGACAAGCUUUUUGAGCAUCUUUGGUGCUUUGUUAAAUGCUUCAGCAAGGGUUUUAAUAUUGUGAACUGAAAUCUCAUUCUUAGUUUCCCUCCUGGGGUGAUAAAACGAAGCCACGUCAUUGCAAGUUUACUCAAAGUUGCAGUACACGUUUCUGCUUCCGGUCUUCAAAUAGGAUCACUUUGUCCCAACUGAGACCCGUGGAAGGGGAUCCCGUGCAUUGGCUUGGUUACAUGGGAUUCUCUGUUGGGCUCUUCCAAUAUUCCUCACCCCCAGACACAUGCUCCCUCAGGCGCUGAUUGAAAUAUUGGAAGGUUAUCCUUUAAUUAUUCAGCAUCCCAGACCUCAGGGGAAGCAUAUCCCAGGCACUCCAGUGAAACUUCAGAAAUUUCACCAAAUCAUUUAGAUAUCCAAUCCCACUGUGUAGUGGUCAGUUUUGGUUAAGUAGGACUUUUGGCUAUAGCGGUGUUAUGCAACCUUGGGGA